AUGAUAUUGCGAUUUGAGAGUGGAGUCGUAGGAACAUUUUUGCUAAGCGAUGCUGUUCCUUCCCCAUGGAAUUUCGAAGCUGUCAAUGGUGGAAAUCCAACAGUCCCUCAGUUAGGCAAGGAGAAUGGUGCGGGUGGUUUCUAUAGAAUAUUGGGGGCGAGAGGAGGUAUAAGUGUGCCUGAUUUGAUAAGGUGGAGUUAUGAAGUUGGGGAAGGAGAAAAGGCGUGGAAUGAUGAGUUGAGGAAAGAUGAGAUAGGGAUCGAUACGGAAAAUGUACCUUUUGACGAGCAGAUCAAACACUUAGUCCAGGUAGUAAAAGAAGGUAAGGAACCAAUGUGUAGUGGGGAAGAGGGUUUGAGUGCGAUGGUAGUUUGUGAGGCCGUGAGAGUGGCAAUGAAGAGUGGGGAGAUGGGUGAGAUUGAGUGUCUUCAUAUUGUAACGAGAAUUAGCAAGCAUAAUUAA